AUGAAUAAUACAACUAUAAAUUUAUUACAAACACCUAAAAGAUGUUAUUGCGAACCAAGUUUUGAACAAAAGGAAUCCGAAUGUAACCCAGCAGGUUGUAAAACUGUUGCCUCCUUAAUCUUAAUUGGUUAUGUGAUAACUCUUUCAUUUUGCUUAUAUCGUUUAAAUCAACUUAGAGUUAGAAAAGAUAACAAAUGGCCCCUCCUUUCAUUGUCUUUAUUAAUUAUAACAUGUUUAGCAAGAGUAGUAAGAGCAGUUUUGACAUUGUACGAAGAAGAGAAUUUCUAUGUUAUGGGUCUUUUAUUCCUUCUUCCAAUGGGUAUUUUAAUUUGUUCCUUCUUUAAUACAUUAUUUGUCUGGGUUAAAAUUAUUUUUCAUUUCAACUUUUCAAAAGUGGUUUCUAAGGUGUUCCCAUUUUUAGGAAAAAUUUUCCUUGGUUCUCAAAUUGUCCUAAUUGCAUUAUUAUUAAUCAUUUGCUUUAGUGGUCUAAGAUACAAUGCAUCCAAUAUAGUUUUGUUUUUCUUUUUAGCUUACGGAGGUAUAUCUGCUGUUAUAUUCACAAAAAUGAUUUGGAGUGAAUAUAAAGACUUAUCGGGUAAAGAUUCAGGUGUUUUUAACUCCGACAACCAUCAAAAAAUAUUAAAAAUAUUUAAACUUUCAAUCACAUCAAUUGUUGUAACUUUUGCUACUCUUGCCCUAACCGUUUGGAGCUUCACAAUUGAUGGAGUCUUAACAAUAUCUCACACUAUAGCUUUUAACUUUAUUGGCCGUUCCAUCGAAAUUGCUUGGAUAUCUGUAAUGUUAAUAAUAUUAGCCCCACAAUUACAAACAUGGAGCCAAAGUUCAACUAAGGAGUCUACAAAUUUUGAUAGUGCUUCAGAUUCAAGUUCAUCAAGCAGUAAAAGUGAUAUUGAAAAUAAUGAUGAUAAAAAAGAAACCAUUCCAACUGUAAUAGAUAUCCCUACCACCACCGCCAUUGUAACAACUUCACCUGUAAAUAGCUCAAAUAUAAAUACCCAAAAUCAAAUUGAUAAUAAAUAG